CAACUACGGCCGCGUUCGUCGCAUCGUCAUCAAGAAAAAGUCUUCGCUCUUACUCGUCCCGGCUGCCAGAAAGAGAAGAAGAAAAAAAUCAAAUCAGCAAAACGAACUGAUCAAACAUCUUUCACGCGUGCACAGAUGAGCAGCCUCAGCUCAGCAGCGAUCCAUGUGGAAUAUUUUCAAUUUUGGCAACAGACCGAGAUGAAUGAUUUUUUCCUCUCUACGAACUUCACAUCUUCUUCGGACCCAAGAAGAGGAGGCACAGGUUUGCUCGCAGUGGAAUACUUUUUGUGCUUAAUUUUGGAGCCUUACUUGAACCCGAUCGAUGGAAAUUGUUUGUCUUCGGUUGCUGAUUAAAGCUGGGCCGUGCAAAAUAUGAAAUUGCAUCGGAGGUCAGAUUUUUUCCUCUUUUGCAAUUUGCAAUUCUUUGGGUCAUUCUGUAUCUACACAAUAUCCUAGCGUUGGUGAAAUCUGGAGAGUAAUUUUUUGAAGAAUUUACAUCUGCACUUCGGUUGAUACUUCGGUACAUUUUUCAUUGCACUACAAACAUUGCAGUCGUUUUUUUCGUCUUGAAUUCGUUAGGAUAAAAGCAAGAUAAUAUAAUUUGUUCCGUGAAUUUAAUGAGUUCAUCGAUUGAAAUAUCUUCAUUUAAAAUAUCUCCGUAAAGAGAAGAAACGGAAUUAUUUUCUUCAAGCAGAAUAAUUGUAUUUUUUAAAACAAGGUAAAAAAUAACGAACACCCGAAAAGGAACUGUUAAGAAUGGAAUGAUACGCAUGUUGCAAAACAAAACAAUGACAAUUUAUUUGAACUAAUUGCACACACUUCAUAAUCUGGAAUAUAUUUGUCAUCAUAAAAAAUGGAAAACGUAGCCUACAUCACCUGCGAAAUCUUCAUCGCCGUCUUCUCCGUGAUCGGCAACGGGCUCGUCCUCUACAUCUACACCAGCAACACCCGUCUUCACACGGUCACCAACUACUUCAUCGUGUCCCUGGCCAUCGCCGAUCUCCUAGUCGGACUCCUCGGCGUGCCUUUCGCCAUCCUCACCAGCGAGUCGCUCCCGCAUGGAAGCUUCUACGGAUGCCUCAUCAUGCUCAACUUCCUCCUCUGGCUCUGCGGCGCGUCGACGUUCAGCCUCGUCGGCGUCUCUUUGGACCGCUACAUCGCCAUCUCUUACCCGCUGCGCUACAACGUCUUUGUGACGCCCAUCCGCGCCGUCGUCGUCAUCAUCUUGUGUUGGAUUAUGGCCGCCAUCGUCGGGUUUCUACCCGUGGUCGGAUGGAACAAGGGAGAACCCGAUAACGGCCAGUGCUUCUUUGUUCAUAUCAUACACAUGCAUUACAUGCUGUUUAACGCGGUGAUGGUCAUCUAUAUUCCGCUAGUGGUCAUGUUGGUCAUUUAUGCCUUCAUCUUCCGAGCCGUCCGAAAACAGAUGAGAAGAAUAGAGCCAGUAACUCUUCCAAGUUUGAGCAAACCCACGACCAGCAGCGGGGCUACGAGUAACGGAACAGCCGCAUCGGACGACACUAAAAACCGCGCGAGUGAACGAGAGGCGGAAGCAGCCGACACCGCUCGAAGGCGCCAAAAACGAUUCCAAGCUUACAAGAAGGACCUGCAGGCGGUCAAAUCGGUGGCCGUCAUUGUCCUCGUGUUCAUGAUAUGUUGGUUGCCUCUCAGCCUCAGCAACUCCGUCGGCGCCCUCUUUCCAUCGGUCAUGCAACCCUACAAGUUCAUCCAAACCUGUAUCAUUCUCUCGCACAUGAACUCGGUGAUCAACCCGUUCCUGUACGCCUACGGCAAGGAAUUCCGCAUGGGAUACAAGCGCGCCUUCGCCAAGAUGUUCCCGUGUAUGUGCGCGUUGAAAGCGCACGACUCGGCUACAGGCACCAAGGCUGUGGUGAAUGCCGUGUCAGGGGUCGCCAAUGGUCUGAACUUUUCGACGAAUGAUUCGUGA